AUAAACCGAAAGGACACCAAAUCCAAAAUGUGACGAACGCAUCUAUGGUCUUGUGGACAAAUAUGGCUUAGAAAUGGGCGAACCCUUUUAAUGAAAAAGGCCGAGAAAUCUUAACAGUUAAAACGCGGGUAGAAAUGGACUGAACCUUUGUUACUAGUCUCCGGUUCAGCUUCAUCCACCAAAGGCAAAUCCAUGUCGAAGUGGUGGCGCUCUGUGGCUGUUGCCGGCCACGGCUUAAGAAACGCGACGGGUGUGCCGAGCCGACGGUCAUAUUUCACCAUUCAGGCCAUCCCAAGAGAGGUCACAGGGAGCGGAGUUUCCGCAAGGGACCGAGCGCAGGGCCGUAUCCCCGCCAUCGUCUUCUCACAGAGCUACUUCCAAUCAAACCCUAACGAUCCGAAAUCCAUCGCAGCAACGACCUCCGUUUCCCGGAAACGCCUCCUUACAACUGAGAGAAAGCAGAUUAAGACCAUUCUCGAUUCCAUACAACUCCCGUUCUUUUGCUCCACUACAUUUCCGUUACAGAUCCGGGCCGGGUCGGGCUCCUCAUCUUUGCUAGAAUCCGGGAAAGUGCUUCCCAUCAAGAUCCACAGAGAUAAAGAGUCCGGGAAAAUAUUGAAUUUGGUUUUUGUAUGGGCUGAAGAUGGAUCCAAAUUGAAGGUGGAUAUACCUAUAGUUUUAAAAGGAGAAGUUGCAUGCCCUGGUGUCAAGAAAGGAGGUCAUCUAAAUAAGGGAAGAAGUAGUCUGCGGUUUUUAUGUCCGGCAGAGAAAAUCCCUCAAAAGAUUGAGGUGGAUGUGAGCAAUCUUGACAUUGGGGACAAAGUGCUGAUACAUGACAUCAGCAUCGACCCUGAUUUGGAGCUUCUGAGCACGUAUCCUGAGAUGCCUGUAUGUAACAUUCGGGCCACUUAUGUUGAUAAGUCCGAAACUGUGCCUUAGAUAUAUCCUGAUGGAGUACUAGUAGGUAUAAGGACACUAUAAUUCUCCAAACGAAAUCUAAACUUUUGUGUUUUUUAGACUAAUGCAUGGCAACCUUCUUGACUAGAGCAUAGGUACAGGGAUCGCAGAUAUGCCCGCGAAUUCCGAUCCGGAUCGCGCGUACCGGAUCGCGGUACAGUCGCGUUCGGAUCGAUUGAGAUACGCGUUUCGGGUACGGCGUUUCCUCGUCGCAGUUCGCGUGCUUCUUCCAGCGGGUACGCCGAUACCAUUGUGCUGUUCGCCAUUCCUUCCAGCGUCCAACGAACCGGCGACUCUUGAAUUGAUUUUUCGAACUCCAAGCGGUCGGCGACUGACGAGCUUCACAAGUACGAACUUCGUACCUUAAGAACCUAAACGACCCGACCCCUCAAUUUGAUAGUGUGAAACGACUUUUCAUUUGUAUUUUACACUUCACAAUUGAAGCAGUCACACUUAUUUAAAGACCUCAGCGUAUCACACUCUGCACACCUCUCUACUCUCUGUUCUCUACUUGCCUCUUUGUUCUCUACUCUCUUUGUUUAAUGUUAUUGAAGUUAUAA